UAGGCUGCCCAAUCGCAAUUACUAAUCAUCAGAAACGGCAAAAAUAUCAACUACUCAUCAAUUUGGCACACGUUUCCCUGAAGAUAGAAAACCAAAUAAAGCUUCCACAAUUUCUUCUUCAAAGCUUAGAGUGGAAAUGGCGACAAUCUCAUCAGCAACACCCACCAUCUCACUCUCACGCGCAUCAAAGCUCACUUCUUCUUCUUCUUCUUAUUCGUCUUCGACUGUUGCUUUGUCUUCCUCUAGCUCCUUGUUCCUCAGAGGUAACGGGGCGGGGCUCCGCCUGGUUUCGGGUCAGAGAGCUGCUCUAAGAGGUAGGAGUAGUGGCGGCAGAAAGAGGUUUUCUUGCAACUGCUUGUUCGGCCUUGGAGUGCCGGAGCUGGUGGUCAUUGCUGGUGUCGCCGCCCUCGUCUUCGGCCCUAAGAAACUCCCCGAAGUUGGGCGCAGUAUUGGCAAGACUUUCAAGGGCUUCCAACAGGCAGCAAAGGAAUUCGAAACAGAACUGAAAAAGGAACCUGAUUCUCUAGCUCAGGCCCCUUCCGAGGGGUUUGAAGAAAUAAAUCAAGAAGAGAAACGGGAUGCUACAGUGUCCAGCACAAAGGAGGACUCAUAAACUGCUACAGCAGCUUGUUUGCUACUGCUUCUAGUAUUGCGUGUUAUACGCAUUAGCUGUGUUGAGAUGCUGUAUUGUUCGGCGUAGUUGUUUCACUUUCUUGGACGAUAAUCAGUUACGUAGACUGCUCAGUAUUAAACUGCACGGAAAUGUAAUUCAACUUUUAUUCUACAGCAGAAGGAUUCAUGCUUCUUCACUGGUGUUGUUUAUAUUAUUAUUAUUUUUUAUAUAGAUACUCAUGGGGCUAAUGAAAUUGCCUCUGAGAGUAAUAAUAA